AUGUCCCUCUCCACAUACCUCGCCCAGAAAUACCUCACAAAGGACGAGCCAGACAAGAAAAAGUCAAAGAAGCGAAAAAGAAAGGCCCAGCAGGAGGGCGGCGUGAUAAUCGCCGACGACGAUGCCCUGGGCUGGGACCAAGGCAAAGACGACGACGAUGACGACGGCCCUGUGACCAUCGGCGAAACAACCAAAGCCUUCCGCCGCACCACAAAGUCCAACUGGACCUCCGUCGACGCCGACGCCGCAGCCGCUGACGCCGCCGAGACCGCCGCCGCCGACGCCAUCAUCGCGCAGGCGCUGCCGCAAGCCGACGACCUGGACGACCAGCCCGCGAUCGUCGGCGCCGACGACAAGUCCAUGCAGAAGAUGUCUAGCGGCGCGCACGCGGGCCUCCAGACGGCUGCGCAGGUGACGGCGCAGCUCGAGCGGCAGCGGAAAGCCGAGCUCGCGCGCUUCAACUCGCAGGACCCGAGCGAGACCGGUAAGGGCCAGGAGACAAUCUACCGUGAUGCGUCGGGGCGCAUCAUCAACAUUGCCAUGGCGCGGCAGGAGGCGCGCAAGAAGCUCGAGGAGGAGGAGGCCAAGAAGCGGCAGGUUGUGGAGCAGAACAAGGGCGAGCUGCAGGCGGUGCAGCGCGAGGAGCGCAAGAAGGAGCUGGAGGAGGCAAAGUAUAUGACGCUGGCGCGGUAUGCGGAUGAUAAGGAGCUCAAUGAGGAGAUGAAGGAGAAGGAGCUGUGGAACGAUCCGGCGGCGGCGUUCUUGACGAAUAAGAAGAAGGGACUGAGUAAGACGGGGCGGCCGCUGUAUAAGGGCGCCGCACCGCCGAAUAGAUAUCAUAUCCUGCCGGGGCAUCGGUGGGAUGGGGUCGAUAGAGGGAAUGGCUUUGAGAAGAAGUGGUUCCAGGCGCAGAAUGCGAGGAAGAAUAGGGCGCAAUUGGAGCAUGAUUGGCAGACGGAUAUGUAG